GGAUAAAAAAAUUGAAGCAGUUGCGACAUUCGAAAUGCCUCCACGUCUGUCAAUACAGGGCUUGUCAAAGCCUUUUUCAGGCUCAUCACAUAUAUCCAAUCCGUUGACAAUUGUCAAGCGCGAACCAUGUAAAAUCGACAUUCGCGCAGGCUCGUUCGAGACCCGACAAAGACGGCGACAUGAUCCAUUCCUAAUGGCACAGUCACGCCAACGCAGAGCCGCCAACAUCUCUCGUCAACAAGCUCUUGACAAUGAACGACAGGCCGCGUUAGGGGAUCCCGUGAAAAGCGAACCAACUCCGUUCAUUCAGCAGAUUGAAGCAAUUCAGUCAGGCAAAGACGUUACGGGAACAACGUCCAAUGUCAGUACAUGGAACCAUUUCAUCAAGGCAGAUGAAUUCGAGUUAGCACUCGAAUACUCCAAAGCCCUCACCGAGCCCCUGCCACCCCAGGACGCAAACAUCGCCGAUCCUGAAGCGUACAAACAAUCCGUCCAGCAACACGAAAUAGCGCACCACAACGCACGAGAGGCAAUGCACCGUAUUGUCCAGCUCUCCAGCGGAAACACCGCGGAUCGUACUCGAGUCAACAUCGAAGCUUGCAUCGAGACCUUUGGUCGACACAACACCGAUAAAAUCCUGCCCCCGAAACCAACUGCUGUCACUACCACACAGCACCCCGAGAAAACUCCCCGAGCAGGCCCCGACACCGGCUCACCGGAAGUUCAGGUUGCCAUUCUGACAACCAAGAUUAUGAAUUUAUCGCGACAUCUACAGUCAACGAACAAGGACAGACAUAAUAAGCGCAAUCUCCGAGUGCUUGUUCACAAGAGACAGAAGCUGCUACAAUAUUUGAGAAGGAAGGAACGUGGAGGUCCGCGAUGGCAGAAUCUUAUGACUUCUCUGGGUUUGUCGGAUGCAGCCUGGAAAGGUGAAAUCAGCAUGUAAAUUACUACGUACUACCUUGAGAGGUUAUACUUUUCUCUUUUGUAUUUUUUAGCAUCACAGCCGACAUCCCAUUGUCGUCAAGGCGUCCUCGCAUCUAUGUACUCUGACCAGCACGUUCAAUUCGAAUCCAUUGUAUACAUACCCGACAUAAGCAACGCUAGAUGAUUGCAAGGUCACAUAUUGAUCA